CGAUAGUCCCAUUGCGUGAAUUGGUACGUAUUUCGUCCAUUCAUUUUCAAACAUUUUCUUCAGCCUCAUAUCUGCAGCUUUCCCAUAUUUUCUUUGUACGUUGUUUCCUGUAAGGGUUAUCUUUGCUUUCCUAGCAGUAUGACAAUCUAAGACAGCGGAAUGGCCCUUGCCGACCUGCCCGUCAUGACGGACGCCCACCCCAUCACUCUCCUCGUCUCGGGAUUCCUGGGAUUUAUAUGUAUAUACAUAUUCUACUCCAUCAUCGUCUCAUCCACAUCAAAGCGUACCCAGCUGCCCAGGGUGAGCAACAAGAAACGAUGGUUCCUCGCCAAGUUGCGGACCCGGAUAUGGACGACCAGAUAUUACGGCGACGCACUUAAGAUCGCGUACGAUGACUUCGCAAAACAUGAUCAACCUUGCAUCCUAGCGGGUCUGGACGGAGAUACGAUUCUCCUCCCACAGUCUGCGAUCCCGUGGAUGGUCGCCCAGCCUGAGAAUGUGUUGAGCGUGAAUGGAUCGCAUAAGCACGUUUUGCAGACGAGGUAUACAUUUCCACGGCCGGAGGUCAUGGAUCCGACAGUACAUUUCGAUAUCGUCAGAUCCGAACUUACGAGACAACUCUUCACCGUCACGCCGGAGGUGUGCGAUGAAUUGGCUGCGGCGGUCGAUGAGAUUUGGGGAACCAGCACGAAGACAUGGGGAUUUGUCAAGGUGUUUGACUCGUUGACUAGGAUUAUCGCACGGGUGAAUAAUCGGGUUUUUGUUGGAUUGCCGCUUUGUCGUGAUGAGAAGUACAUUGAAAACGCGACCGGGUUCGCCGAAGAUAUCGCCUUAUCAUCGACCGCACUCAGAAUGAUCCCUGGCUCGCUACGUCUCCUGGCAUCUCGGUUCGUGACGAAAUCGAAUCGCAAGCACGCUCAUGCAUUUACGCAGAUUCUCACGCCUGAGAUCCAGCGCCGACAACAGGAACUAAGGGACGCUGAACCAGUUGGGGAUACAACCAAAGACGGCGGUGAUGGAGAUACCCACGGAAAGAACGACUUCUUGCAAUGGCUUUUGACCCGCUCACUUACCAAAUCCCACACUAAACCCGACGAGACGGACCCGAACAUCAUAUCAGCACGCCUUCUGCAUAUUAAUUUUGCAUCGGUCCAUACGACGAGCUUCAUCGCGUCAAACGCGCUUCUUGAUAUUCUCGCAGCGCCGACUGAUCAGAAAGUUCCGGAGAAAUUGGAGGCCGAGGCCCACGAGACCAUGGACGAUGCGGAACUCGAUAACGACGCCAAGGUGCGGAGUUGGGCGCGCAACGCCCUGCCGAAAAUGAAAUACCUUGACUCAGCACUACGAGAGAGUUCGAGGCGGUCUAGUAUUAUUGGUGUGGGCGUGAAUCACAAAGUCGUUGCCAAGGGCGGUGUGACUACGCCCGAGGGCACCUUCUUGCCUCAAGGAUCGCUGGUGGCGGUUCAUAGUGGGGGAGUGCACAAUGAUGGGGAGGUGUGUGAUGGGCCGGGCGAGUACAAGCCGUUUCGAUAUGUUGAUGGAGGCGCUGCUGAGCAGUUCACUGCCACGUCGACGACGUAUUUGGGUUUUGGGCACGGAAGGCACUCUUGUCCGGGCCGGUCCUUUGCGGCGAAUGAACUCAAGCUGCUACUUUCGUAUCUUUUGGUCAAUUAUGACAUGCAGAUGGUCAUGGAGGGUGGGGUGGGUGGUGUUUGGAAUGGGAAGGGUCAUAGGCCGGAGUGUGAGUGGAUGGGGCCGAUGCAUGUGUUUCCUGAUGGGGCGAAGUUGAGGAUUAGGAGGAAGGUUGUUGAUUGAUAUAGCCAAAAGGCGGUCGGGAUAGGGUACAUUUGAGGAUACCUGCAGGCUGUCCGUAACAUCUAGACAUAUAAUGAAGAAUGGCGACGGUCAAAUACUGGUGAAAAACUGCUUGCUCAUUCAAGGUCCGGUUGCAUGGUCGUGAUCUUCGUCCGCAUCA